GUUCCUCUGGUCAGGUGUCAGCUAGGCUAGGUGAACUUCUUAACCCUUUACAGGUAAAAGAGGCAUUAACCCUUAACUAUCUGUUUGACAUCACAUCUCACUGUAAGACCCCAAGCCUUCAUUCCUCCCAGCCUGACUCACAAGAAGGCUUGCCUGCAAACAGAGCCAUCCACAGACAAUUGUCCUGGUUGAUGGGAGCCAUCAAGAUUCCAAACCAUCAUUAAUUGCCCACACUUUGCGUACUUACAGUAGGCCCUCAGAGUUAUAGUUCAUAUUUCUAGUUUUAGGCCUGGUCUACACUACGCGUUUAUACCGAAUUUAGCAGAGUUAAACCGAUUUAACCCUGCACCCAUCCACACAACGAAGCCCUUUAUAUCGAUAUAAAGGGCUCUUAAAACCAAUUUCUGUACUCCUCUCCGACGAGGGGAGUAGCGCUGAAACGGGUUUUGCCAUGUCGGAUUAAGAUUAGUGUGGCCGCAAUUCGACGGUAUUGGCCUCUGGGCGGUAUCCCACAGUGCACCAUUGUGACCGCCCUGGAAAGCCAUCUGAACUCAGAUGCACUGGCCAGGUGGACAGGAAAAGCCCCGUGAACUUUUGCAUUUCAUUUCCUGUUUGGCCAGCGUGGAGAGCUCACCAGCACAGAUUACCACACAGACCUCGUCAGCACAGGUAACAAAGCAGUCUCCUGAGAAUCAAAAAAGAGCUACAGCAUGGACCGCAUGGGAGGUACUGGAUCUGAUCACUAUAUGGGGAGAGGAUUCCAUCCUAACAGAACUCCGUUCCAAAAGACGAAAUGAAAAAACAUUUGAAAAGAUUUCCAAGGCCAUGAUGCAGAGAGGCCACACCAGGGCCUCAGUCCAGUGCCGUGUGAAAGUUAAGGAGCUCCGACAAGCCUACCAGAAAACCAGAGAAGCAAAUGGAAGGUCCAGGGCAGGGCCAAAAACAUGCCACUUCUAUGCUGAGCUGCAUGCAGUUCUCGGGGGGUCCGCCACCACUACCCCAUCCCUGUCCGUGGAUUCUGAGGUGGGGGUGGUAAUCUCAGCCAUGGCUGAGGAUUCUGCGGACGGGGAAGAUGAGGAGGAGGAAGAGGAGGACGAGCUUGCAGAGAGCACACAGCACUCCGUUCUCUCCAACAGCCAGGAGCUUUUUCUCACUCUGAUGGAAUUACCCUCCCAAGCCACUAUCCCACACAAUGAAGCCAUGGAAGGGACCUCUGCUGCAAAUUUUUCAAGUCUCCCUCCUCCAUCCCGAAGGUUAUCUCAGAUAAGGUGGCGGAAAAAAAAGAUACAAGACAAAAAGUUUUCAGAAAUCAUGGAAGUGACCUGCAAUGAAAGAGCUCAUCUGAAUGAGUGGAAGGACAUGGUAUCAAAUUACAGGAAAGAUGAUAGUGAACGUGAGGACAGGAGGGACGCUCGAGAUGAGAGGUGGCCGCAGGAAGAUCAGCGGUGGUGGGAUGCAACUCUGGGGCUGCUGCGUGAUCAAACUGACAUGCUGUAACGUCUGGUGGAGCUUCAGGAACAGCAGCAGGAUCACAGAGUGUCGCUUCAGCCCCUGUAUAACCACCCUCACCAUAUUCCACAUCCUCCUCACCCAGAUAUGUGAGAAGCUUGGGGGGAGGCUCCAUGCACCCGCCCACUCCACCCCCGUGGAGAGCCCAACAAAAAGGCUAUUAUUAUUUUGAAAUUUUUUUAGUGGCCUUUUCCUUCCCUCCUAUCCUCCUCCCAAACAACACCCGGGCUACCUUGUCGGU